CGUCACUACAUCAGUUCAUAACAAGAUGGCGGCUUCCACCUCUCAAAGUAAACUUACGAGGGGCACUGGUUCGGUAAUUCCACCAUUGCCCAUUCUCAGAGACCAUUUCUCAGCUGCUGUUGGGAAAAGCAGCAUAGUUGUCAAAGCAGUAGCUGUUACAGUUAUUAUUGGCUACUUGUUUUCCUUCAUUUCUUCAGCAAUUCCAUAUAUAACAAUCACCCCUGGCUAUGUUAUGCCACCCAAUUUUCGUGUCUACAGUUUUUUUUUCUACUGCUUUGUGGAACUGCACUUUUGGCAUGUCCUAGCUGAUGUUGCAGUCAUUGUCCUGUUUGGAAAAUUACUUGAACCACUCUGGGGAGCACCAGACAUGCUUCUAUUUUUUAUCAUCACAAACAUUGGAGUAGGGAUAGCUACAGCUUUUUUGUACAUUUUCAUUUAUUUGGUAACUCUCAAUGAAGAAUAUUUAUUUGAAGUGCACAUCUAUGGAUUGGCUGGGUACAUUGCAGGAUUUUGUGUGGCUGUCAAACAAGUAAUGCCUGACCACUGCCUGGCAACACUUCCAUUUGGCAAGUUGCGUAAUACACACAUACCCCUGACUUUGCUAAUAUUAAUCUUCUUGAUGAGGAUUGCUGGAUUAUUACCUGGACCAUAUCCCUAUAUGUUUGCAAGUGGAAUGGUUGUCAGUUGGGUUUAUUUGCGAUUUUAUCAGAAGCAUACAAAUGGAAAUCGUGGAGACAUGGCUGAUAAUUUUAGUUUUGCAAGGUAAUCUUGUUGAUGUUGACUUGUUCUUAAAACACCAUGGAAUCUUUUAAUAUUUUAAUAGUAUACAUACCUAAUACACUAUGACUAUAGUUAUAGUCUUAAUAAAUAAUGGAUAUGCCUUAAAAUAUUGGCCUAAUUUAAAGGGUAGGUUAUAAUAGUACAAAAGGGCUUUGUUACUAUACAUAUUUUUUUCUCAGUUUUUUCCCCAGCCAGUUUCAGCCUUUGAUUGCUGUUAUCUCCAACUCCAUAUUUAGUGGGUUUGUAAAAAUCAAAUUGUGUAAGAAACCACAGCGAAGAUAUGAUGUCAGCUCCCCAACAACGAUCACAGUUACCUUGCCAGGCACAGAACCUCAUGAUGCAGAAAGAAGAAAGUGAGUACUAUAUGUUCUAAGUGAUAUUUAGGCCUUAUCUAGUUUCAAAUUGUUUUUUGCUCCAUUUGUAUUUUACUUAACUUAAGUUUGGCUUGAUUUGAUUUUUGCAUAUUAAGUUUUGACUACAUAAUUUCAUUCCCUUCUCUAAAUUUUACCUCACGUAAGUGUACGGUAUCUUGCCUUAAGCAAAGUUCAAUAGCUAAGGGAACACCUAAAAGAAUAAGACAAUCAAAAAUGACAUUAAAAAUUUGUGCUAUAAAAUGAAAUUGGAAGAAAUUACGAGAUUUUACAAGAGCUCACUAAUUAAUUUAAAGUUUCAAAGCAAUAAAAUCUCUUUAAAUUUUCAUCUGAUGUAACAGGUGGAUUACUUGUUCAAUACCAUAGCUUACGAUAGAAAAUUAUAGUUACAAUUGGAUAACAAAAUUAGAUAUAACUGCUUGAAUCUAAAAUCUUUAUUAUUAAUAUUAUUGUGCUUUCAAAACUCAAACUCCAUUUAUUUACCAUACCUGCUGUGGUUGUCCUCAUUUUCCUGUGGAUUUGAUUUUAAUUUAAAAGUGACGCUUAAUAGCUCUACACUUUUUAACAUUGUUUUACGUGAUAAUCCUUUUAUUUAAUCUUAGACUAGCACAUUUUUUAAAUUAUACACUUAUGUCAAUGUCAUCUAAAAAUGUCAAGCUAUAUUUAUUUUUAUAUGAUAUUUUAAAAAGAUUAACUUUUUUUAAACAAAUAACUAGAGUAAAAGUAGCUCAGAAAGGUUAGUGGAUAUCAAGACAAUUUCUUCUGUUCAUGAAUGUGAUCCUUUUGUAAAUCAAAUUAAAAGUAGUUAAAAAAAUUUCACCACAUUAUUUUAUGUUUAAAAAAUGUUUACCGUUUUAACCAUAGGCAACUGGCACUGAAAGCAUUGAAUGAGAGAUUGAGUAAACCAGAUACUACACCUAGCUGGCCAAGUUUAGAUGAUGAGGGGGCAGCUAGCCCCACAGCUCCAUUAAGUCCUACAUCUGCUCAUCAACCUUUACUAACACACACUCUACCAGCAGUCAAAAUUCCAAUUCCAGACUUCAAAGAUGGCGGUAAACAAGGAAAAUCAACCUCUUCAGAGAUGGUUUAGAAAUUUUCCUUUUUUUUUUUUUUUACAUGCUUGUCAGAGUGGAUGGACAUGAGUUUGUGUGAGAUCUUUGCUUUGUUUGGAAUUGAUAAAAUUUUACUGUUAUAUUGGUACUGCAGGAAGUUUAAAAAAUUUUUUUUUAAAUUUUAUAAAACUUGUGGUAUUUCAUAUUAUGUGAUCCAAUUUUUGCUUUGUUUGUAAUGUAUAUAUACCAGUAAAUCUUAAUAACAGUAUAAAAAAAUUAUAAAUGGGGGAAAUGGUUUCUUGUGAGCACUGAGGGGUUUAUAAAUUCAUAUUAUACAUCUUGCCAAAUAAUUGAACAAUUUAAGAAAUACAUUAAAAUUACUUUUGUAAUUGUAGCUUUUUAGGAUGUUGAAGCCAUUAACUCAGUUUAGGUAUUGGUCAUGAAUUUCAAUUUCACCAUCUUUGUUAGGUUAUGAAAUAUCAUAUUGAAAUUUCUGUGUUAAGUAUUUUUACAGGUUAUAUAUAAAAUUUAGUCAUAACUGUAAUCCUUCAUAUCUCUUUUUUAAAAUGCAUUUUAUGAAGAACUAUUGUUUUGGAUCUUUAGGUAAAUUUCAGUUAUAAUCAUAUUUGCUGUGUUUUCUUGUUUAAUAUCUUGUUAUAAAAUAAUUUUAAAAAAUGUGACCUGUAUUAAUAUUAAAUUGCUAUAUUUCUUAGCAAGUUGCAAUAUUAACAGUCAGCUGCCAAUCUACUAUGUGAAAUAUGUUGCAGAUUAAUCCGUGAUUGACAAAAUUUGAAAAUAUUAAACAAGUUUACAGAACAUGUUAAUAGUGUUAAGAGACAUGUUAAUAAAAAUAUAAUAUUGAUAUCUUUAUGAAUACAGUAUCUGCAAUAAUUUAUCUUUAUUCUUUCAUUUAAAAUUUUGCAUAGGAAAGGCACAUCUGUCUGUUAUAGUUAUACCUUUAUGAGAUUUUUCUUUUAUUUAACAAAAUUACUCAUGGUAAUUUUUUAAAAACUGGAUAACCAUAUGGCUAACAACUGCUGAGUCCUUAUUUGUUAACUUAUUGCACACAGCUUGUAAAUUUUAAAAUACAUAUUGUUUGUUUAUUAAUUGCAAUAUUUUAAUAGUUUAUAUAAAAGAUAAGUAUUAUUGAAUUUGGUAACAGAAAAAUGCUAGCUAACAUAUUUCUUGUUUGCUUUAUUUUGUAAUUCUAAUAUCUUGCUGAGGUUUACAAUUUUAUUUGAACUACAGGUAAUUUUGCCGAAUACAGUAGUAGUUUCAAAAGUCAAAUAGAGAAUUUACUAGGGUUUGCAUCCUCUUAAUUUGCUGAAAUUUGAAAUGUUAACAUUUAUUUUGUGUAAAUUGAGAAUAUGGAAAUAAGAAUGCAUAGUAAACUUUAAAUUUGUCUCAUUAUUGAUUACAGAGCUUUUCACAGUUUAUUUUUUAAAAAAUUAUGAGAAGGGAUGAAUUUUUUUAUAUUUGUGUCAUAAGUGCUUUGAUAAAACUGCAACAAUUGUAGUUUAUGCACUCAUGUUAACUUAUGGCAUUCCACUCGAAAUAAAUGUAUAUAUUAUUGUACCGUCACCCUAGGAUAUAGUUUUCUUCUGGCCUCGUACGUUUGCAUUUCCUUUCAUGCAUUAUUUAUUUUGUGUGUUGUCCAAUACUCUUAACGUCAAUACAUAUUUAUAAGUAAAGCAAUCCACCAGUAAUUUAUCUUGAAUAAAAGACUGCAUCAUAUUUAUUUAUUUUAUUUUUUUUAUUUUUAAAAGCCUCAUAUCUUCCUAAAAACUUUUUUUGUUAAAAGACUGUAUAUAUUUGUUUUAAAGUAUACAUUUCAAAAUUAUAAUAUUUGCAUUGUGAUUUGAGUUAUGUUGCAAACAUGUUGUGGGAUGAAAAGAGUGUUUAAAAUUAAUGUUACAAUGAUUCUUUUUGGAAUUUGGUGGUUACAGAGAUUUUAAUGUAUUCAUCCUUUCAAUGUUCAUAUCUGAAACUACUAAAAGCCUUUUUAAAAAUUUAAAAUGUUUAAAAAAAGUUUGAAAUAAAUUAUGCAUAAUGUUUAAGAUAAUUAGAUGAAAUAUAAAUGUUUUAUUGAUAGUUUGGUCUUUAAAAAUUGAUUUUGUUUGUGAAUGAAUGGAUAAGCAUAAGAAUUAUUUUGAUAUUUUUUAGAAGUUUAUAAUUUCCUAAAAUUGUGAGCUCAUUAAACACUUUUUAAGCAGAAAAUAUAAUUACAAGGUUUUGUAACAGUAACUGGAGAUCAAAUUUAAGGUUGUAAUAAUUUUGAUAAGGGACAGAACUUUUUAUUUUUGUCAUUUUAUUUAUCUCUUCUUCUAUUUUAGUUUUACAUUGUAAGUGAUUUAAUGUUCAACAGUCUAAGAUAGACUGUAUACUAAUUUAAUAACUAAAAACUUGUAUUUCUGGACAUCUUAAUAAUCUUAUAAUUUAUAUAUUAUGUUCUUUUUUUUAAAAAAGAUGUAUUCAUAAUUGAGUUUUGAAAUGAAAUAUAACAAAAAUAGAUUUAACAAAUGAAUAUUUUCAAUUAUUGUUUUUUAAAAACAGUAAGUGGCACUAUCUGUUUCCAGAAGUUUAUAAAAAAUAUUUCAUCAAAGCAGAAAAUUUAUUAUUUAUUAAUCAAAUUGCCCACAUAAGGCCUCAGUUGCUGUCAGAAACUUGAUUGGCUCAUUUCUACUAGAAGUUCUAGACAUUUUUAACUGAAUACCUUUAAAACAACAACAACCUUAAAACAGCAACAAUCCUAAUUUAUGCAUUGACAAACAUAAUUUGGGAUGUUAGUGACAGAAGCACCUGUUGGUAGCUAACAUGUAAACUCAAAUGAUAACCCUUUUUUGUCUUUUCUUGAUACUGCAGCAUUGUAAAUAUUUGUGUACAGCAUUUUACUUCUUUUAAUAUAAAUAUUAACAUGAAGAAAUCUAUGGAAUGUCAAACUAUGUUAAAUAACUUUUGAGACAUUCUUAUAAAAGCACAAUUUAUUUCCCAAAUCAUUAUGUUAUAUAAGAAUUGUAUGUAAAGAAAGAGAGGACAUUUCAGUAGAUUUCUUCAAAUAAUGCUCGAAGUGGGGUGGCUUUCUCUAUAGAAAUAAAACAUGAUUUCAUAUGCAAAUUGUGUUGAAACUUUUACUAUUACAACUAAUUUUAACUUAAGCACCUUUGAAAGCACUAGCAGUACAGCUUUGAAAAUUAGUGAUUUCUCCAUUUAAAUAUAAUUACCUCAAUUUAUUUCCC